CGUGUAUUGUCCUGAAGCAUCACUCAGUAUAGUGUUAGAUCAAUAAAACAUACACCCUGCUCAACUAACCAGUUUUGUCAAUAUUCUUUGAUAGAUCUGCUUAAUAUACGUUUGAUCCAUAUCAUCAGCAGCAGCCAGAAAUGUCUGUAGUAACGUUCGAGAAGCCCAUUACGCACAUUGGUCUAGCAGACUGGUACGCCAAGCAAUGGCAGAACCAACAGACAAACGAUACCCGAAGGAGUGAUGCAUUCAACCUGCGUCAUGAGGCUAGGCAGCUCAGAAACGAGACCAAGGUCAAAACGGAAUGGGACACUUACCAUAACAAUGUCAGAUUGGCAGAUAGGGUCACUGAGCUGGACAGAUGGAAGGAGGUGUUGAUAUCAUGUUUGGACAGAAUCAACCGAGAGCUGGUCUCCCUUAAAGACGAAAAGUUCGGCACAGAACGAGAACUGGACGCGUUGGGGAUUCCCUUAGGCGUGAUUUCGGAAUGCAUCUCGAUGAGAGACUGCAGACAGGGCACUGAACUCACCUAUGACGAUGGAGAUGUUGAGUUGAAGAAAGAGCUGUGCGUCGUCGAGCAGGUUAAGAAAUUGUUGGCGGAAAGGUGCCAGUCUGCCUGGGAAAAGCUGAACAAGCUGGAAGAGGUGAAAUUCAAGCUGAACCUUGAGAUAAACGACAAGAACGAGGCUAGCGAGAACGACAAAGACCAAUUGACACUGGACAAGAACUGCGCCAACAUCACCUUCAAGAUCGACCCUCUGCGCGCGUGCAAGGGAUCGAUCACCUACGAAGAAUGGCUGGAGCACUCGCAGCAAGUCAAGCAACUAGCGGACAACGAGUUGCUGGACACGCUGAAGCUGCGCGAAUCCUUGUUCGUCGUCCGCGAGAGGGCGCGCAACGACAUGCUCGCGCAAAGGGAUCGGGUGGAUUUUACGUUGAGGAAGAGGAUAUACGAGACGCAGCGUGCCAGAAAUGAAAUAGAGUGGCAAGAACUGAAAAUGAGAGAAGAAAUGCAGAAGGUCCUAGCGGAAAUCCGCACUUUGGAAGAUGCCGUAUUGCCCAAAUCGGACGCUCUGAAACUGGCAGAGACACGACUGGAAAACAGAUCAUACAGGCCUGGCUUUGAGUUGGCUAGAGACGAGGUUGAACAAGGGCUGAAGGAAGAAGUGUUAACGCUUCGUAAGACACGACAAGAUCUACAGGACAAAAUUAACUGUGCUAAAGCAACAUAUAAUGCGUUGGAAGACCAACAAGUGCUUAUAACUAGAGACUUGGAUGACAAGAUGCAAUCUUUGAUGACUGAUAUCAGAUGUUUAGACCUGAGAGUAAGAUUAAGAACUGGAGAAUUAUCUGGCCCAGCUAGUGACACUGACAGAAACAUUGUGCUAACAAGAAUGGAAAAGGAAAUCCCACCAACAUAAACACAGAUAUCAUUAACAGUAUUGACAUUUUGUAUCCCAAAUUUAUCUUGUGGUAAAUGCUACUCAAACUGUGCACUUGUGCGAUUUUUUACACUGUCUUUCGACUAUUUUUAUUGCAAUAUCUACUGUAGCCGAGUGCAUGUAUUAAAAAUAAAAUAUAUACUCUACUAUAAAUAGUCAUCAUAUUGCUUGCUUGUAAUUUGGAAAUAUCAAAAUGAUAGAGAAAUAGCUAUGUAACUCAAGCAAAAAUGAUUGCGGGUUUACAUACUAAACAAAUUUAUUUGAAGUUCAACAUUUUCUACACACAUUUGAGGUCUUUGUUUAUUUAUCUAAGAGGGAAAGCCUUAACCUGCAAAAUUUUGAUUUUUGCUACAGUGUGUUUCACUAUGCUCACACCAAUUGCAAAACAUUUUAACUGUUACCUGGGUUUAUUGUGUUCUAUACUAGUAUUCAAAAAUGAAAUAAAAAUUCCUCUUUCCUGCAUCCUUGUCAAAAACACUUGUUCAUGUAGUAACAGCUUCAGUAACUUUAUCAAAAAGCAAUGAUAGAAUAAUUUAUGCAUUUUCAAUUUAAAGCAUAUGAUACAUAAUUUUGUCAUAUUUCAAAACAAUGUCUGUCUUUGUGGUUGAUUAUUGUUUAUUCCAACUCCAUUGUAUAAAAUUAUUAAACUUCCUUGAUAUAUGUAAGCACUGUAAUGGAUUGACAUGGAUAAACAGAGUAUUGCGUGUGGAUAGCUCAAAUAAAAUAUUUAGGAAAU